GGGAGCAUCCGGCACGGCAGGAAGGAGCCCGGCAGGAGGAAAUAUUAAAUCCUGGGAUAUAAACACCGCGCCGGGAGCUGCUCCACCCCAACACCACCCCCCUAAAAACCGCGAUCCCCGCGGGGUGGGGCCGGCCAGAAGCGGGGCUGAGGAUGGAGAAAAGCAGCUUCGCCAUGGCCAAAUUCGGUUUGGAGCACAAGGAGGCGAUGCCCAAGCGCGACUGCGGUUUUUACCUCAAAUACAUUUUCCUUUUCACCUCGCUGAUCCAAUUUUUGAUCAUCCUGGGCUUGGUGCUGUUCAUGGUGUACGGGAACGCGCAGGCGGGCACCGACACUCACCUGAGGCUGCUGGAGGAGCAGGUGCAGGGUCACUACGGCAGGAUUGUCACCCUGAGCGCCGCCAACGCCAACCUGAGCCGAGCCCUCAACGCCACCCUCAAGGACAAGGACAAGCUGCAGGCGCUGGCGCUGAAGGUGCAGAGGGAGCUGGAGAAAUGUAACAGCAGCCAGAAUUCCAACAGCGGCCCGCAGCUGCAGGAGCUCGUGUACCACCAGGUGAUGCUGGCCCAGUGCCACAUGCUCACCGCCGUCAUCAACACCUCCUGCAACGCCGACAAGCUGGAGCUGCAGCGACAACUACACGAGGCCACCUCAUCCAAAAAAACCCUGGAGGGGAACAACCAGCAGAGCCGAGCCGAGCUGGCCAAAGCCACCCAGGAGAGGGACAGGUGCCAGCAGGACCUGAAAAGCGCCACCACCGAGGGCGACCUGAGCAGGGUGGAGCUGGAGGUGCAGAAACACAAGUGCAGCUCGCUCCAGAGCGACCUGAAGGAGAAACUCCCGCGGAUUUCGGAGCUGGUGAGGCAGUUCCAGUGCAAGGACGCCGAGAAGGAGCUGGAGCAGAUCCGGGGCCGGGUGGAGAAUCUGUUCCGGCAGCAGCAGGAGCGCGACUCGCAGUUCGUCUGGAAGGGGAGCUGCGAGCUGAGCGUGCGGCAGUGCCGGCUGAACUGCUCCCGGGAGAUGCAGGAGCAGGAGAGGAGGGCGCAGGGAGCGGAGCAGCGCCAGAGGGAGGCGGCGGAGGAGAGGAGGAGGAUGGAGGCGCAGAGGGAGAAGGAGAGGAAGGAGCUGGAGGAGAAGAGGAAGGCGGCGGUGGCGCAGGGGGAGGCGCUGAGGGAGCAGCUGGUGGCGUGUAUGGCCAAGGUGUCCCCCCUGGCGCUGCCACCCUCCCGGGUGCCGCUCGGCCGCUCCGGCUCCUUCCCCGCUCCCGGCCCCUACAUGGAGCUGCUGGGGAACCCGGCCACGCUGGGCACCCUGGGAAGGAAGAACCUGGAGGACGUCCAGCGGAUGCUGCAGAUGGUGGAGCAGUACAUGAAGAGCUCCAGCGGAUAACGCCGGGACCGGAACGGCCGGAGCUGCGGCGGCACGGAUGGCACCGUGUCCCUGUCCCCGUCCUGUCCCUGUCCCCGUCCUGUCCCCUGUCCCCUGUCCCUGUCCCCUGUUCCUGUCCUGUCCCUGUCCCCUGUCCCCUGUCCCUCCCUGUCCCCUGUCCUGUCCCUGUCCUGUCCCUGUCCCCUGUCUCCUUGUCUCCAUGUCCCUGUCCCCUGUCCCAUCCCUGUCCCUGUCCCCUGUCCCUGUCCCCGUCCCUGUCCCCUGUCCUGUCCCUUCCUGUCCCCUGUCCCCCGUCCCUGUCCCUGUCCCCGUCCCCAGCGCAUGUAACCCCCCCAAGAGCCAGCCCCGGAUCUGGGCACAACUCGCUG